AUGAGCAGGCCUAAACGCCUGUGCCUGGUGCGGCUGGGCACCGGGCCGGACACAUUGUUGGAUAUCAGUGCACGUAUCGUUGCUGAACUCAUACCCUUCCAACGGGUGGAGGAGAGGUAUGAGCGUAUCCCAGAACCCGUUCAACGGCGGAUCGUCUUUUGGUCCUUCCCGAGAGAUGAAAGGGACAUCUGCAUGUACUCCAGCCUGAGCAGGGCCAGUCCUGUCAACGGCGAACCUCACAACCUUUCCUUCUACAAAGGGCUCAAAAUUCUUGAAUCCGGAUGCGUUGAGAAUGUUCUACAAGUCGAAGUAAAAUCUUUUAUAAGACAAUGCGUGAUUAAAAGUCCACAGUGUGAGACUCACCAAAAGGCGACCUUCCUGUUCAUGUCAAGCACAGCGCGGAAUCAUGAGGUUUGCUAUGCGGAUGGGAGUCAGGGUGAAGAGGAUAUGUAUGAGGAGCUUGCAUUGGUGCAAAGCGUCCGCUGUUACGCUGCCGUUAAACAAAUUAGACGCUACGAUCUAUCUGCAACCGUAACAUUCGUUUAUCUGAUCUUGUAA